GUGUGUGUGUGUGUGUGUGUGUACCUGGUAAUUAUCACGUUGUGGGGACCAAUUGUCCCCACAAAGAUAGGAAUACCAGUGUUUUUGUGACCUUGUGGGGACAUUUUGAUGUCCCCAUGAGGAAACAAGCUUAUAAAUCAAACAAAAUAAUGUAUUUUGAAAAUGUGAAGUAGUAGAAAGUUUUGUGUGAUGGUUGGGGUUAGGGAAUGGGGUAGGUUAGGGGAAUAGAAUAUACAGUUUGUACAGUAUAAAAUGCAUUACGCCUAUGGAAUGUCCCCACAAAACAUGGAAACCAGAAUGUGUGUGUGUGUGUGUGUGUGUGUGUGUGUGUGCGUUGGUGCGGCCGGAUUAUAGGGACAUUUUGCCUGAAUACAUACCGACUCUGUGAGGACAUACCGUAACAAUAAGGACAGGGCUAAUGUCCUCAUAAGUCUAGCAGCGUAGAACGACGUAUAAGGGUCUCACAAACCACCUCCCGCUUUUUCUCAAAAUGUCCUAAUAUGUACGUUUCACCCGAUUUCCAGUGUAUGCCAGUGUAUCCUCAGAGUGUAUAAUCUCCCUCUAUUGAAAAUUCGGUGGUACUGCAGCCCCACACACAUUUCAGCCUUCAAUGGACGCGUUACAUUGGUUGAAGGCUUUCCUGCUCAGCGAUUGGCUGCACCUGAUGUCCGUCAAACUUGAGGCGCUUCUGAGUGUCUGCAGGCGUGACGCAGUGAAUUUUUAAUCACCUAAACUCCAUCAAAGUUUACAUCGUGUCGAUACUGUCACAUGUGCAAGUUGAAGUCAACAUGUUGAGAAAGAAAAGAAUUAAACCUGAACAGGAUGCCAAAGAGCAUGUGUUGUCAGGCAAAGACAAAGCCUUCAUUGAGAAACGAUACAUCAACGCAUAUAAAGGGAGAGGUGUGUUUGCACUUAAACACAUUGAAUCAUCCACAUUUGUUGUAGAAUAUCGUGGAAUACUGUGCCAAAGUAAAUAUGUUGAUGACGUUAAAGGCAACUACUUGUUCGAUUUCACAUGGAAUGGAGCACAUUAUUGCAUAGAUGCUUCAAAAGAGGAUGGAUCGCUAGGACGACUGGUGAACGAUGAUCACAAAAAUCCAAACUGCAAAGUCAAGACGGUUGUUGUUGAGGGAAAGCCACACCUGUGUCUUUUUAGUCUAAGAGACAUUUGUCCAGAUGAAGAAAUUACUUACAAUUAUGGGGAUUCCUCUUGGCCCUGGCGUUCAGUAGAAUUGUGUGAUGAGAUAUCUGUGGCUGUGGAUGAAUCCAUUGAGGGUCCUUCCUCAUCAAGAAAAGAGAAAGAAUUGUGUGAUGAGAUAUCUGUGGCCGUGGAUGAAUCCAUUGAGGGUCCUUCCUCAUCAAGAAAAGAGAAAUGCCAUCAUGAACUUCAUUGUGCAGUAAUAUCCAGUUUGGAUUCUUGUGUAAAUUGCAGUGGACCCGUUUCUAGUCGAAAAUGGCUUGGCUUAACAUGCAAAUUGUGUUCAAGAUCAUGGCACAAAACCUGCUUCAUGAAGAAUCAGAAAUUGAUGGAUGUUACACUUUCCAGUUCUGAAGAAAGCAGUUCUGAUGAAGAGUAUACUCCUCAUGCUGAAAACAGCAUUGAUGAAUCCUCUGAUGAAUUUAUCCCAGAUUCAAGACAAAACAGCGACAGUGGUGAUAGUCUACCUAUCAAUACAAGGAAUCCACCAUAUUGUAAGACCACUCAACUGUUUUCAGAGUCUAAGAAGGCAAAGAGUGUGUCUCAACCCACUCACUGUUUAUCCACUGAGCAAGAUAUGGUUAGUGACAAAUCCAGCUCUGCUCAAGAUCUCAUAUGUAAUGAUCACGACACUACCACAAGGAAUACGGAGAUGCUUCAGAGUUUUAAGAAAACACCAAAAGAGUCUUGUGAUAAACAGUCAAACCUCAAAGACACCUUUUCCACCCACAAAAAUUACUGUUAUGUGUGCAAGAAACCUCAGUCUAAAAUUGCCCGUCACUUUAAAAAGCAUGAAGACAGUGAAACGGAAAUUGCGGCUGCAUUUCUGCUUCCUAAACACUCCAAGGACAGAAAAAGGUUACUUGAGAAGCUUCGAAACAGAGGCAACUAUGAACAUAAUCAAGAGGUUAUGGCGAAUAAGAGUGGACCACUGAAGGUUAGAAGACGACCAGUAAGAUCCGAGAUCGAAUUGAGUACCAAAACAUAUGUGCACUGCAUAUACUGUAAAGGCCUGUUUGUUCGCAAGGAGUUGUGGCGCCAUACACGGAGAUGUCCUUCAAAGAUUUGUUCCGAAUCUGAAGCAACUGGUAAGGCCAAAGUUCUAGUUUUGGCUGAUAUUGCAGAGUCAACAUUCUCUCAAGCAAUCUCUCCUGAAGUGUGGAAAAUCUUGGGAAAUAUGAAGAAUGAUGACAUUUCAUCUGUUGUUCGAAAUGAUUUUCUCAUACUGCAGUUGAGUCAGAGUCUUUACAACAAACACGGAAGUGAUCCAACAAAAUUUGAAUACAUCAGACAGAAGGUACGGGAAGUGGGCAGACUCUUGCUAAGCAUGAAAAAAAAAUUCGCCAUACUUAGCUUUGAAGAUGCUUUGAAGCCAAACAAUUUUUACAAAGUCAUUGAGGCCGUGAAAGAUGUUGCUGGUUAUGAAGAAAAGAGCCACUCAUAUAAGACACCAAGUCUUGCACUAAAGUUAGGACAUUCACUUAACAAAAUUGCUGACAUCAUUCUCUGCAGGGCCAUCGCAGGAGAGGAUGAUGCUCUGACGAAAGCAGCAGAGCGAUUCAAAAGACUCUGCUCAACAAAUCAAAGUUCAACAAACCAUCUACCAUACCAUUCACAUGAUGUGCAGCUUCUCCACCAGUGCCUAGAGAAGAAAUCAGCUGAUGCUUUUGAAAACCUGAAAAACCACGAGUCUUCACAGGCAUACGCAGAACUCGCCAAAGUGACACUGGCACAAGUAAUCAUCUUUAACCGACGUCGUGCAGGAGAAGUUUCAAAAAUGACACUUGAGUGUUUUAUGAAAAGAGACCAAACUGAGCUCCAUGAGGACAUAGCUCUUGGUCUGUCUCCGUUUGAGCAAAAAAUGUCCAAGCAUUUCAGCAGAGUAGAAAUAAUGGGCAAAAAAGGGAGAAAAGUUGCUGUUCUGCUAAGCCCUGAUCUUGUUGGAGCAAUACAACUUCUUGUGGACAAGAGACAUUCAUGUGAAGUAGAUGGGGACAACCCCUUUCUAUUUGCAAGACCAAAGUGUUCAGCCACUAGUUUCUUCAGGGGACAAGACUGCAUCAGGCUUUUUGCAAAUCAGUGUGGUGCCCAGAACCCUGAAUAUCUCAGAUCUACACAACUCCGUAAGCAGGUUGCAACAAUGUCCCAGAUUCUUAAUCUUAAGGAUAAUGAGCUGGAUCAGCUUGCCAACUUUUUGGGCCAUGACAUUCGGGUCCAUAGAGACUAUUAUCGGUUGCCAGAUGCAACUAUAGAAAUUGCAAAAAUCUCAAAGCUGCUUCUGGCAAUGGAGAAAGGAACCCUUGCAAGUUUCCAAGGAAAGUCUCUUAGUGAAAUUGAGAUUGAAGAUGAAAUUGAUCCUGAAUUAGACGACGAAGAAGAAAGUGAUGAAGACGGCGAAGAAUCGGAUUCUCUCCAUGGAGUAAAUGGAAACAAAAAGAGGGUGGACCAUGUAAAGUCGACCCAGGAUGAGGAGACUGAAAGUUCCAACGGAAAACGAAAAAUGUCCCCCAAUGAACCAGUCAGCUCCACGGGAAAACGAAAAAUGCCCCCAAAUGAGCCUGUCAGCUCCACAGGAAAACGAAAAAUGCCCCCAAAUGACCCUGUCAGCUCCACAGAGGCCAAAUCAAGGAGAAUCGUUAAAAGGCCAUGGACUGCCAAUGAAGUGAAUGCCGUUAUGAAACAUUUUAAAGUCCAUAUUUCAAAGGGACAUCUCGCAACAAAGGCAGAGUGUGAGCAGUGCAAGGCUGCAGAGGACCCUGUGCUAGCAGAAAGAACUGUACAAAACAUCAGGGAUUUCGUGAGGAACCGAGGUUUGAUGUUGUUGAAAAAAAUAGUUCUUAGACAGAUUAUGGUCACCUUCUUUUAAGGUUUGUGGCUUUUGUUACUGUAAGUUUACAAGUUAAAUGACUGGCUAACUAUUGUUCUCUUGUUAAAACUUUAAAAUCUCUCAUUUCCAUAGUUAAACCCAGAUCGUUCUUACAAUACUAGGUCGUCAUUUACAUACACACACCUAACUAACACCCGAUUGAGAAGAGAUUUGGGUUUAGCUAGAUAUCAUUCACAUACACGCACCUCGGAAACACUUAAUUCCUGUCCAUGUUAACCAAAAUUGUCCUCAUAAUCAGAUAUUACUUAGGUGUGUGUGUAUGUACGUGAUUGAUGUCCAGUUAAACCCAAAUUGUCCUCACAAUUAAGUGUUACUAAGGUGUGUGUAUGUGAUUGUCCAUGUAAACCCGAAUUGUCCUCACAAUUAAGUGUUAAUGAGUGUUGUGUGUGUGUAUGUGAUUGAUGUCCAGGUAAACCCAAAUUGUCCUCACAAUUAAGUGUUACUGAGGUGUGUGUUUGUGUAUGUGAUUCAUGUCCAGGUAAAUCCAAAUUGUCCUCACAACUCAGUAACACUUAAUUGUGUGUUUGUGUAUGUGAAUGAUGUCCCAUUGACCCCAGAUUUAUUCCCAUGAAGGGUUAGUUAGGUGUGAGAGUACAACACUAUUUUCUUGAAAUACCAUAUAUACAUGUUAUAAAAUAAAUUUUGUUAACCCAAAUGUUAAUAAAAGGAAUUCAAAAGUU